UGCCUAAAAUAGUGAAAGGCCUUUUGAUAUAAAAGAAGAACCGUUUUUCCAAACCGGCAUCAUUCUCGUUUUCUUCUUCUUAAUUAAUUCUUCUUCUUCAGUCCACCAUCCAAGUAGCAACCCAAUCAUGAAAGUCUUCAUUGUCCUCGCACUUGUAGCCCUUGCCUCUGCUGGAUAUUCUGGCGGUGGUGGUGGGGGAUUCGGUGGAGGAUAUUCUUCCGGUGGGGGUGGUGGUGGCGGAUUUGGGGGAUUUAGCUCGGGAGGUGGUGGUGGUGGAUUUGGAGGUGGUUCUUCCGGUGGGGGUGGUGGCGGACAAGUUUACCGACAUGUCUACGUCCACUCUGCCCCCGAUGAGGCCGCAGAUUCCCAAUCCCGAACCAUCCGAGUCCCUGGAGGAGGAGAUAAACACGUCAACAUCAUCUUCGUCAAGGCUCCUUCUCAAUCUUCUUCCCAACAAACCGAAGUCAUCCUCCCGGAACAAGACGAACACAAGAACUUGGUCUACGUCCUCCUCAAGAAGGGUGGUUCUUCCUCCGACGUCAAGAUCCGUCGCCCAGCUGCCGCCGCCCCACAAAAGCCAGAGGUUUACUUCAUCCGAUACGCUGGUGCCGGUGGUGGUGCUGGAGGUGGUUCCGGCGGUGCUGGAGGAUUCAGCUCCGGUGGAGGUGGGGGUGGAUUUGGAGGUGGAUCUGGACUUUCCACGGCUUAUGGUCAAUAAGCAAUAUUCAGCUUCUUUACUAUUGGCUUCUUCUCUGCAGUGGAAAUGGUGUCUUCUCAUCUUGUUGCACCUUGCCCUCGUGAUUAUUAGUGCUUAUCUAUCGCUGAUUUCUUCAUACUCAUCCCGUCUAGUCCUCUUUCAACCACAAAUUGUACAAACUGUUAAAAAGUUUAAUAAACUAUACCGACUUUCGUAAAUAA